AUGGAAGAAUCGUGCGAGAUGCCAGAUCUAUUGAACAUUUUCACUGAAAUAGUGUGCGAUAGAAAGGAUUACUGCUUUGUGUGUCUAAGGACGGGUGAUGAACGACGUCUUGUAAAGCCCCAAUCCUUCCAAAAGUUUAUAGCUGCCGCGAAACUUGAUGCGAGGAGUGAUGUACUCUUCGUUUGUUACAUCUGUGAACGUCAAGCAACCAACGCUCUGAGUCUGUUGCAUGCAGCCAUGUUCGCGUCCUCACUGAGCCUCGUACUAACAGAACUGUGCAGUAGAAACAUUAAAUCAAACCAAGUACUGCUCGAAAAGAAAUUUUUCAACAAAAUAUUAACAAAAGUUGACUUGAGUAAUCAUUUAACACCUAAGGUCAUCACUGAGGAGGUGGGGCGCAUCAGGAACAAUUAUCAUCUAUCAGGGACUGAGACAUUGGUGAUGGACAAUAAACAAAUUUACGAAGCAGUGCCUAUCCAAGUGGUGGGAAUCACCACGCUCCGUCAGCCCGGGCCUCAGGCCGAGUGCCCCGCCCCCCAAAGGUGCACCACACCCUCCAUACUGCCGGACCAAGAGGUGACGCAUGGAAAACAGAAUCCACCGCCACCAGAAACUUACGUCAUCCUAGACGACGAAGACGACCCCCUCAAUCCGACCUCCACGAGUAUCGAUAAAGAACCUCCCCUUAACCAGACCACGCUAACGAGUGUCGUGAAUCUGAACAAUAACCUCGUCAUAACACUAGACCCACCGAGCCUGGUCACUUUAGAACAACUAUUAGCCGAACAAAAGAAAAUGCCUAAAGAUUACAUUCUACACCCUGUAUUUUUAACCGACUCCGGCGAAAUGAACAUACCAUCUCUAUUUGCCGUUAUUACAAAUGAUUUUUUAAUAUUUCAAGAUUCGUUAAAACAAACCACACAUUCGAUGCCUUUGCAAAUAAAUACACAAAUUGUUAAAGAAAGUUUGAAAACAAACCGCGAAGUGUUCGUUCAAAUCUGCAAAAAAUUCCAACUACCCGCAAUGAACUCAAAUCUUGUCCAUCGAGCCAUAGACAAGAGCUGUCAAAACGAUUUCCCCGUCUACCCUCGGAAGAAGAUGAAAAUUGACGGCUCCAUGCUACAUAAUGCGUUGUGUAAAAUGAAAAAGGGGGGUUCCUUCAAAACGGCUGACAGUUCAAUAGUAAAGCAGGUGAUGAUCAGUGAUAUCAGCAGUGAUAUGGACGAGGUGCCGAGGUUGAGCAAGUCCGGUGCGACGAAGACCAAUUGGGAAGAUAAAAUUCCUAUGGAUGUGAUAUCUUUUGUGGACGCGGUGGAUCCUAACGCUCAUCAGAUGUUGAAGGAUAUGGAACCCAACGGUUGUGACUCCGUGAAAGUAGGGAAUGUGCGCUCCCUUGCACUGAAGCGAGGACUAGACGUUGAUAUCAUAGACCUGUGCUGA